AUGAUUAUCAACUGUGGCCCCUUGUCUGGCUUUACUCAGGCUAGAUAUGUGGUUUAUCUGUCCACCGGAAAGCGACUAGUACUAUUUCGCCUGCCGUCAAUUGACCCCUCCGCGUCAAAACCCAACGAAGUGGAUGGGUGGUCUUACUUUGCCAUGGAGGCUGAAUGUCCCCAUGCAGGAGGUCCUAUGGUGGACUCACAAAUUGAUAUUGAAGAUUCAGGAUAUGUGGCCAGCUGCCCGUGGCAUGCCUACGAUUUUAACGUGGAGACCGGUGAAUCGAGCAUCGGUAUCAAAGCCUGUACAUACCCGAUCGAUGUGCAAGGGGAAUCAGUCCUGUUGAAUUUCCCUAUUGAAGAUGAAUCAGCUGUGGAACUUGCCAAGAUUGAGCCAGUCAGCGAAAAGGUCAAAUUGAAGAAUGGACGAUCAUCACAAAAGAUUGCACCUACACCUGUGAAAGCAGUGGACCCUGGAAUGGCUCGUUAUCUGGAUGACAAGGCGACACUUUGUGACUGGGCGGUUCAUAUUUUGGAUACCGCUAACCCGGAACAUAAAAUCGAGUUGACUACUCAUCUUUUCUCAAUAUUCACCGAAAGAGAGGGAUCUGAUUCCCCUAUGGAACUUGGCAGAGGUACUGUCGCGGCGCCUGAAGAACAACCUCCUCGUGAGAAAAUGAUCGAAUUAAAGGCCGGAGCUAUGCCGAGGACAGGGAAAGGUGGUACACUGAAGAGCCGGAUUGCUAUGUUGCAUGCAUUAGCCAAUAUUGAAUUAUGGGCUAUUGACCUGGCUAUCGAUAUCUGUGUGCGAUUUGCUACGUUUCAAACCGAGAAAACCUCACAGGAGCUUCCACGAGCAUACUUUCAUGACUGGUUGAAGGUUGCAAGCGACGAGGCGAAACACUUCUCUCUUCUCAGAGCCCGUAUUGAGGAAUUGGGUUCAUAUUUCGGAGCGCUGCCUGUUCACCACACACUUUGGCUCUCCGCUCAGGAAACAGCAUACGAUCUCCGUGCCAGAAUCAGUAUCAUUGCCCUGGUUCAUGAAGCUAGAGGUCUGGACGUUAAUCCUAUGACUAUCCAAAAAUUCCGCAACUCUGGAGAUGACCCUAGUGUUGCAGCAUUGGAAAUCAUCCACCACGACGAAAUUACUCAUGUUACUACUGGCCACAGGUGGCUGACCUGGAUCUGCAAUGAAGAGGGCACCGACCCAGUGCAGGUCUUCCGUUCGAAUGUGUCGAAGCAUUUCCGAGGACCUAUCCGAGGACCAUUCAAUGAGGAAGCUCGCUUAGAAGCUGGAAUGGAUAAGCGGUGGUAUGACGAGGAAUCUCCCAGUCUCGUGGCAGCUUCCUAA